GAAUUACGGCGUGUUUUUAGCAUUCCGAUUCUGAAACCUUUUCAGUGUAAUUUUAUACAAUUAUGGCAGAUUCAAGCGACCGAGGUAGAGGUGGUCCAAGACGACGUCGUCCACGAGGUGGCGGCCCUCCUAUGCGAAAGGAAAGGGAUUAUGAGGUGGAUAGUCAGCCAACUUCUAGACCAAUUAUUCUGGCAAAACAUCCAGAAAAUGAAUCUUCUCAGUCGGCUACAUCGGGUCAUGGUUCAAAUUCCACUUCUCCAACACCUUCAUCUCGUCAGGCAGAGAAGCCUGUAACAGUUCUGAAGCCGCGAGGAGAAGAUCCUCGUAGAACUUUGACAUCAUCUCUAUCCUUACCUAGUAUACCAGUGAGUACAAUACAGGGAGAAACUCCUCCGCAACCUACAUUCCUCCAGAGAACUAUUGAAGGUACAAACAGACUGUCAGGUCCUAUGGAAAUGAGUCACUUUACCAAGUUGAUUGAUGAACAUCAUCAGUGGUGUGAAACAAGCAGUGAUUCACUCUUGGAGCAGACAGACUUUCUCAUUGUUGGUGUGGUAGGAUUACAAGGUACUGGCAAGUCCACGAUAAUGUCUCUACUGGCUGGUAAUACAGAAAUAGAUGCUCAUAGGAAUUAUGUGUUCCCGCCUCAGUCUAGAUCGGUCAGAGAAGAAUGUGGUCAUAUGACCAAUGGCAUAGACAUCUAUGUUACUUCACAAAGAGUAAUCUUCCUUGACUGCCAGCCUCUGUUGAGUGCCUCUGUGUUAGAUCAGCUGAUACAUAAUGAGAAGAAAAUACCACCUGAAUACACAACUGCAGAAAACUUUGCUGAAAUACAGAGUUUACAACAGGUGACAUUUUUACUGACAGUAUGUAAUGUUGUGUUGGUGGUACAAGAUUGGUUCACAGAUCUGUCAGUACUACAUUUCCUUCAGACAGCAGAGAUGUUGAAACCAUCAACACCAUCUUCAUCUGGACAUGACAGUAACACAGCUCCUGAUGAUCAUCCAGAUUACUACCCUCAUAUAGUUUUUGUACAGAAUAAGGCUGGGAGAGAAGAAUUCAGUGUUGAAAACUUCACUGCAAUGCAGAAGACAUUAUCAACAAUUUUUCAGAAUUCAAAAUUGAAGAUGAAAGGUGAUGUCACCAUGACAACUGGUAGACAGACAUUUGGUUUAAACCCUGCAUUUAUCAAGUCAGAUCUAAACUUAUUUGUUCUUCCAUGUAUGGAUGGGAGGAAAGACGCUGAAGAUACAGUAUUGACAAUGCUGCCUGAGUAUCGGGGUUACCCUAGCUUCCAGACUCUGAUUAAUUCACUACGGUCACAAAUACUAGCCAUGCCUAGAGAGGCUAUUACUCAUACAACUCUAACAGAGAAAAACUGGUAAGUUCAUACAUACAU